CAAAGUGCUAAGAUUGGAGUGAACUGCCUGGUGAAUAUGUCGCUGGUUGGUUUGAACGCUUUCAACGGUAAUGGACAGUACUACGUGUCCACGAUAACUGCGCUGGACACGCACAAGAUUCGUGUCCAGUCCACCAAUUCAACGUCGUCUGCGUCGUUAUUGGCCCAGGCCUUCACUCUGGACAAGUCGCACAAGGCCACUUGUAUUGAAUGGGGGUCCCUGUCAGCUGGGAAGCAAGAUAUCGAGAAUUUGGUGGUGGCAAUUGGUGAGAACAAAGGCUCUAUCCUGCUAUAUUCACCUUUGCAGAAUGAAGUGAUAACCACGUUGGUGAAUCCAUACUCAUCGUCCAUCAGAGACUUUCAUAUUUCUACAAUCACUGGAACAGGCUGGUCCGUUGAUGCUGGACAAAACGUUAUAGAAUGGAACUUGCUGACUGGUGAGAGCAGCCCACACAACAAGUUCAAAUUCCAUGAGUCAAUUAACAAGGUCUCAACGUUGAUUCAUCAGGGGAAACCACAUCUGUUGUUAGCAUCACAUACGAUUCAUCUAGUGGAUAUCGAGACUCAUGACGUUGUGAAGACAUUCCCAGGCCAUAUCUCUUCAAUUCACUCGGUCUUGCCAAUUGAUAACUCAACGUUUAUCACUGCUGCCCAGGGUGACCGUUUCAUCAACGUAUACUCCACUGAAUUGGCACCUAUUGUCCUCGUCACCCAGAGUAACGUUAUCUCCAUAUCAUACGCAGAUGAAACAUUGAGUGCAGUCACUGAAGACGGCAUAGUCGAAGUGUUCCACAACGUGCUCACGAGAACCCACUCUACUAAGAAGAAAAGAGGUGGAGCUCCUUCCAAACAGUCAAACCGUUCUGUGAAACUACAACGUCCAAAUGGAUCACAAUUGACUAUCGAAAGCUCUGCUUUGGAACAGAACAGCAACACCUUGAUAAUCACCUGGUUGGAGGAUAACCUGAUUCCAUACUUUGAAAGAAUUCAACUGGAUACCAUCGACAGCUUUGAUAUCGACAACAGCAACGACAAUGUCUACACCUUGACGAAGGAUAAACCAAAGAUUCUAGCAAAGGACCACUCACUUUUCGGUAGAGACGUUGCAGCUGCAAAGCAUUAUAACGAGGCAAACGCUACAGUCACCUCAGGUGAUAACUUGAGAUUCUUGGAUAACAAGGAAGUUGAAGAAUUGGAGUAUAGAGAGGAUGACGGGCCUUCUCUGGCUGAAAAGUUAGCAAUGACCCAAACAUUGGAGACAGCACCCAAGAAGAAGCACACACGUGUAACAGCUGGUUCUCUUGCAGUUGUUCUGACCCAGGCUUUAAGGUCAAAUGAUCAUACGCUGUUGGAGACUGUAUUGAGUAAUAGAGACGAAACCGUGUUGAAAAACACCAUUGAGAGAUUGGAUACAUCGUUGGCAGUUGUACUUCUGGACAGACUAGCAGAACGUAUUGCACGUCAAACAAAUCGUCAAGGUCAAUUGAAUGUUUGGGUGAAAUGGGUCAUGGUCAUCCAUGGUGGCUCUUUGAUAAACAUUCCAAACUUAUCAAGCUCGUUAUCAUCUCUACACUCUACUCUGAACAGAAGGGCAAACACCUUGCCUAGACUGUUGGAAUUACAAGGUAAAUUAGAUGUUCUGUAUGCACAAGAAGAGUUGCAAAGAUAUAACAAGAAUGUUGCAGGGGAGCAGUACAAUGAGGAGUAUGACGAUAGUGACGUUGAAUACGUCGAGGAAUUGGAUGACCAUGGUCUAAUAGACGAUGGUGAGCAUGAUUACAUUGAAGAAGAAGGUGAAUUGGAAGAUGGUUACAUGAGCAUUGACGGACCAAGUGAUGAUGAAUCAGAGGACGACACGGUCCUCGUUGAAAAGGAUUUAGAAGACGAUGAGAUGGAUGAUGAAGGUGGAUAUAGCGAUGAGGAAGUGCAUGGUAAUAAACUACAGGCCGAGGAAGAAGCAGUUGAUGAUGAACAGGAAGAGUUGAAGAAGAGGAUUGCAAAGCUCAAGGCCAAACAGGACAAACGUAAGAAGAAUCUUUAGUAUAUAAUCACUGUUUCAAAUGCCAUCGACUAAGAUGGUUGGCUCGAUAGUUGAAAAGUU